AUGAGCACAGUAAAAUCAUUGAACCCGUUUGACCUGGAACCGCCUGAGUCGGUUGGCCCUUGUUGGGAGAAAUGGUUGGCUCGUUUCGAUAAUUAUUUGAUUGCAGCAAACAUCACGGAAGACGAGCGUCAGAGAGCCCAGCUCUUGCCCGGUGGCGGUGAGGACGUGUUUGACGUCUACCUCACCUUUGACAGCAGUAGUAUUACAAGGUACAACGACUUGAAGGAUGCUCUUACGGCUCACUUCAGUCCGAAACGCAACAGGGAAUACGAGAUCUACUUGUUCCGUCGUGAGAAACAAUCUCAGUCGGAGACCCUUGAUAGCUACGUAACUCGUCUUAGGCGUUUGGGCAAGCACUGUCAAUUUGCAGAUAUGGACACAGAGCUAAAGUCUCAGGUCGUACAGCACUGUGUGUCGUCGAAGGUAUGUGAAAAGGCUUUCAUGGAGAGCAGCAUGUCGUUGGCAGACGUCCUUACUUAUGCGCGGUCAGUAGAAGUCACGAUGUCGUCCGUGGCAGCCAUGACCGGGGCCAGCAGCUUCAGCACGCCUGAACAGCCCCAAGUCCAUAAGGUGGAGAGGCGACACCCAUCAAGUCGUGACAAGCCCAGUCCUUCCAACACCGGAGCAGCAGUAACAAUAAUCAACAAAGCGGAGUACCAGACACUGGCGUCGAAAGAUACCAAGCAGCUACUCCCCGAAUAA